AUGUCAUAUAGGUGUAUAGUUCUUUCAAAAUAAUCAUUCGAUGUAUCUUUCACGAGCAUUGUUUUGGAUAUUGAAAGUUGCAUAAAAGUUGCAUUACACAAUUAGUAUGAACUCUUAUAUGUUAAUUACAUAUUGUUGAUUAAAAGACUUUACUUAUUCACAUACAAUUCAGCACAAUCUGGUAAAAACGAUGGCAUCGAGCAGAAGUACGAGAGAAGUUCUAUUAUCACUAGUGGAUGAUAUUGAAUUGAUAGCAAAGGAAAUGAUAGAGAAUACAAUCGCUCAGAAACCUUCAAAGCUUUCAAGCACAGAGCAUGCUCAGUUAACCGAAUUGUUGGUCGCCAAGGAUAAUGAAUUCAAAGCGACAUUGAAACGGGCGGCCGAGCAAGCUAAAAUCAACCUGAAGAUGGAGGCGUUGAGAGCCGAGGUAGAGAGGCAAGACCAGGAUAUUCAGCAGCUACAACGACAGUUGAAGGAAGCAGAGCAGAUCCUGGCUACUGCGAUUUAUCAGGCAAAGCAGAAAUUACAGUCUAUCGCACGUGCCAAUAAGAGACCGGUUUCUUCAGAAGAGCUUAUCAAGUAUGCACAUAGAAUAAGCGCAACCAAUGCAAUUUGCGCGCCCUUAACAUGGCAACAGGGAGAUCCUAGAAGACCAUAUCCCACCGAUAUCGAAAUGAGAUUAGGAUAUCUAGGUCGAUUGAGCGACUUACCUUUAAACGGACAGUUGCUUGGCUCUCAUCCAGGUAUACCGUCUGAUUUACACAGAGCAGGACAUCCUGCUGGAGAACCACCCGUUUCGCAGUCGAAUCAAUUUGCCUGGCAUCCAUCGGGAGAGAUUCAUAUGUCGGUCGGCGGGCAGGGCAGUGUGGCUGUGAAUACACAUAAACAAGAAACGGAAGAUGUAGAAGUUAUGUCUACAGAUUCUUCGAGUAGUUCGUCUAGUGAUUCUCAAUAGACAUAAGUAUACUAUUAUACCUUGUGUUGGAAGUGCACAAGUUAUUAUUUUAUAAAUAAAGCUCUAGCUAUUUGUACAAAA